UUGUGGUUUGUUUCAGCCCAAUUUUAUGGCCUUUAAAUACGCUGAUGUUUGCCGCCCCCAAAUUCUGUUCCAGGAAAACCCUAAUCAGGAGCUGAAGAUCUCUUAGGUAUAAUCCGUUUACAUUCACGAUGUAUCUUCAGUUUUACAUCAACGAAAAGGGUGACAAAGUGUACACCACCAAGAAGGAAUCUCCUCUGGGGCUCGCCACCCAGUCUGCUCAUCCAGCCCGAUUCUCGCCGGACGACAAAUACUCGAGGCAGAGAGUGUUGCUGAAGAAGCGCUUUGGUCUGUUGCCGAUCCAGAAACCAGCUCCCAAGUACUGAAAGCAGCGACCGUUUUGGUUUUAGCUUGUCGAUGCCAAGGCUGUGAAGUGAAAGCACACGUCUUUGAUGUAUUGUUUAGCUUCCGAAUCAUAUCUGGUUCUGUUCUUCGACAGUGAUUAAUUAUUACGAGCAAUUUAAUCAACCGUACCAGUUUUAUU